AUGGAUUCUAGCUUUUUAGUGUCUGGUUUUUGUUGUUGUCGGUGGCUUUGCAAUUGUUCUGUUCCUUCCAUUUUCAAGCUAGAUCUGAUCUCCGUGAGGUUUCAUUUUGUUGAACCAACGACUGGGAUGAUAAGAGCUUCAAGGAGGUCUUAUGUUAAUAACUGCGAACGAGCGUUUGCCUUGGGAAUAAGAUUGGUGAGGAUGGAUUCAGCUAUAGACGCCAGUACUCCACUCGAUUACAUAGAGUUUCAAAUUUUUCCGUCCCAAAACAGGUAUGAGGCAUGGGUAUGCUAUGGAACCAAUAUAGAGAAAGUGUCAUCUGGACUUUUGGAGCAUCUUUUGCUGCAUUCGGCUGAAAUAAAAGCUUUGCACUCUAAAGGAUCCAAUGCCAAGUAUAAACUCUCUGCGUCAGAGAAUUCAAAUGACAUCAAAUGGUUUAAAAGAUCCACAUUAAUAAGAUUUUUACAUAUAGUUGGGUCUGAAAACAUCUUGGAUGUUACCAAUUCUUUAAAAAUGGAGAUAUUUCAGCUGGAGGAAACUCGGAAUCUGUACACGAAGGAUAGUAAAUAUCUGCUCCAGAGUAGCCAAUCCGGUCAGUUUCACCAAUUCUGUGUCUUGACAAUCCUAUUGUUGAGGAAUGAGUUGCUGCAGGCCAUGGACCUAAGGCUUACUGCCCUAAGAGGAAAAUUGUUAUCUGCUUUUGACCAAGCUUCUGCUUCACAAUACUCUUUGGAUGAGAUGACCGAAAUACAGAAGCUCUCUCUACUUUUUGGUGCAAACAACUUGAGUGAUUCAUUGUGCAAGUACAUAGAACUCAGACGAGGUACAAGCAGUAAACAUUUAUCAGAGCGCGACAAAGUUGGACCACAAGAAUUGAAUAGUCAAACCAACAAACCUUCAUCUACUGAGACUCCCGUUAAAUAUGCUGCCUCCCCAGCAAAAGCCGCACAAGCUGAGCGGCAAAGCUCUACAGAAAGCGAAGAUGAAUCUUCUUUCUCAAGUGACCAAGACCAACAAACAUUCGUAGAGAGAAGUCGGGCUCUAAUACGAUCUGCUUCGCCCCGGAGGUCGGCAUCCCCUAUGCGGAGGGUACAAAUCGGGCGGUCAGGGGCCCGACGUCCUACCGCCAUUACUAUUAAGAGUCUCAACUAUAUUCCCCCUAGAGAAAGAUCAUUUUUCACUAGAGACGAAGAUCAUAGUGGUGAAGAGGAAUCCGAGCAAGUGCCUAAAAAGUCUGAGAGCAACAUUACGAGGAUGAGCGUGCAGGACGCGAUUAAUCUGUUUGAAAGCAAACAGAGGGACCAAAGAGGAGAUGUCCAGAAGGCGAAAUCACUUCUGAAUGCGAAUAAAUCUGUACUAAGGAGAUGGAGCAGUGGAAUGGGGGAAGAUCCUUCUCGGAGUUCUGAAGAUACUUCACUUGAAGGUAUUGAGGUUCAGAAUAAUGUCCAGAACAACGAAGCUAGGUCAAGUUCCCCUGAUUUUGAAUCUGUUAAUCCAGUUGAGACUUGUGAAGAUGGUCCACUGGAAAACGGGGCGUGUAGUCCGGAGCUCAAGCAAGAGGAGACUCACGAGACUGAAGUGCAAACUGAAGUUAAUGAAAAAUCAAAUGCCUCGGCCGAGUGGAGCCGCCAGAAGGAAGCUGAACUAAACGAGCUCUUUAUGAAGAUGAUGGAAACCAAGCCUGUAAAAAGCCGGGGUGAUGUGGCUGAUGGCAGCAAGAGACAGAGCUUGCCUUCCGAACAAAGAGGUGGUUAUUACGGUCUCUACAACGAGAAAAGGGAGGAGAAACUUAGAGAACAAACUGCUAAGAAGAAAGCAGAGAAGGGAAAGCAACCUAGAUCAACUCAAAAAACUCUCGAUGUGAAAAAAUCAAAACUGACUCCUACAAGCACAGCCGAAGAAAAUAAAAAGGGGAAUGUGAAGAAAAUCCAGAAUCCAGUAAAGAGUAGUGUGUCUCAACCUGCAAAUUUAAAGACAGAAAAGAGCCCGAGGCCCGGCAUUGUUAAGAAAGGCUUGUCAAAAGCAUCAUCCUCCUUGCCUUCCACUCGUAAAUCAUGGCCGUCGAUCCCAUCAGCUAGAGCAACAGGCCUGUCACCGGUUAAAACCCCACCCUCAACGUCUACAAAUCCUACUCCAACUCGUAGAAGAUCACAGCCGACACCACCACCACCAGUUUCUCAGUCAAGCUCGAGAGUAGAGACAUCUCAGGCACGAGCAAAAUCUACUAAAUCGAGUCACAAUGAUAGCAAGAAAGUCCAGAAAACUGAUCCCGAGAAAAAGCAGCUGUCUUUAACUAAGCCGAGAAAAACUGCAAAAAGCAAAGUAGUUGAAGCCACCCCUCCUAAAGAUCUUACUCCCUCUACAAAACCCAGCUUGUACAGCAAGGUCACCAAGAAAAGCAGUGUUGUUCCACUCGAAUCAAAGCCAUUUCUUCGCAAAAGUUCUAAAACAACUACAUCCGGAACUAAUCCCGUCCUCAGGAAAAAGCUGUCUCAUCCUCAAGAACUUUCGAGAAAACCCGAAGAUCCGACCCCGCCUGAAGAAGAUGCUCCAUCUCUCAACUCUUCUGAUCCAGCGACUCCUCAUGAAGAAGAAGUAAUUGAAGGGCCAAAUAUUGAAACUGUUACAGGACCUGGACCCACCACACCUAGAAGCCUCGACAAGUGUGAAGAUGGAGGCUUUAGACAAGUUAGCUCCACCACUGAUUUUUCCAUUGAACGGUUGGUUGAGCCCGAGCUAAAAUCUGAGGCUGAAGAUGAAUUGACCAUCUCUCCCAGUGCUUGGGUGGAAAUGGAGGAAAAUGAAGAUCACUCAGUAACCCCUAUUGACCAUGAUAUUGGACGAGUAGUGGAUGCACAAGCUGAUAUAACCCCAGCUAAAGUGCCAAGUCCUCGAGUUCGUCACUCUCUCUCCCAGAUGCUUCUAGAAGAGAGCAGCGAACCCGAUUUUGUUGACUGGGGGAAUGCAGAGAAUCCACCAGCCAUGGCCUACCAGAAAGAUGCGCCCAAGGGAUUAAAGAGGCUGUUAAAAUUUGCUCGGAAGAGUAAAAAUGAGGCGAAUGCAACUGGUUGGUCGAGCCCGUCUUUGAUUUCUGAAGGGGAGGAUGAUGCUGAUGAUUCCAGACUAACGAGUAAGAGAACUGCUGAGAAUCUACUGAGGAAAGCGACCCAUCAGUCGAUGAACAACUGUCACCAGAAGAGUUCCGCUGAUUAUGAUAACUCUGCUCAUCCAAAUAUUAGCAAACUCAAUGAUCAGAGCUUAGCUCAUCAUUUUCAGCAAGGCCAAGUUUCAGCUUCCGUGACCACGACCAAAGCAACACGGUCGUCGUUCUUCUCCCUUUCAGCAUUUAAAGGCAGCAAGUAGGAGGUGGAGCUUAUGAUAUGAAAGAUCAGUCUUACAUCAGACCUGGAAAUAGUGUAUUUUGUUUGAAGCUAAUUUUCUUGCCUAUUUCUUUUUGCAUCCAGCACUGUGCAUUUUUCCAUGCUCCAGGAAUAUUUUUUCCGGCUUCUCCUUCUACAAAAAUAUAUCCUUCUACAAAAUUAUAUCAUCCAAUCUGUUCUUGUAACAAAAUAAAAAAGGUUUAGCAGUAUCUGCAGAAGCAAAUUAUACAAGAUUUGUAGUUAUUUUAUUUGUUAAGACGACAAUGAAGGGCGUAUCCGUAUCCGAAUAUGUUCAUCAGAGCAUCUCCAAUGGUAAUUGUGUUGUACGACAUGGAGAAAGGAAAUUAGAAAAUUGUGUCUCCAAUGGUUAGUUUUAAUUGUGGUAUUAUUUGUGAUGUGUAAAAUUGUAAU